CAUAUGUCAGUUGUUUGUUUAUGGUUAUGUUUACAAAUUACUUGGGCGGAUCAUUAAACCAAUUUAAUCAGUUUAAGUAGUCGGUCGGUCGCAAAAUGGCGAAUUCGGAAGUGGUAAAGCUGCAGCAGCACUUGGCGUUGCUGAAGCAGGAGUACUCAAAGUUGCAGAAUAAGUAUAGAGACUUGGAGAGUCGGUAUACUUACAUCGCCGCUACGAACGGAGAUUCUGUGGACAGCGACAUCAGCAAUAGCUUUGCCUCUCGGCUAGUGAACACUAUAAGCCAGCUGUACAAUUCAGAAUUGUACAGUGAUAUCAAAAUUAAGGCUUUGGAUCGUGUAGUGCCCUGCCAUAAGAUUGUUUUGGCGUCCCGUUCGAAAUUGUGGAACGAAGAUGUGUUGAAAGACAGAAGUGAAUUGGAUUGGUCCGACAUAGAUCCAAAUGUUGCAAACGCGAUAAUUCUCUGGCUUUAUAAGAGUGAAGUGCAUUUAAAGUCUGCCGACUUAACCUUAAAACUUAUAAAACAGGCAUUCGACUUUAAGCUCAAUAGCCUGAUGGAAAGCUGCGAACAAUACCUGAUCAGUGUCGUUACUAUACGAAGUUGCGUCAAGUUUUACAGCGUAGCGGAAGAGAUUCAAGCCUCUAGUCUUAGAGAGUAUUGCUCGGGCUUGAUUUCAACGCAUUGGGACGACUUGAAUGCCUCUGACUUUGAGCACAUGAGCGGACCUCUAUUGUACCAAAUGCUCAAAAGUAAAACCCAGUUGCCUCUGCAUAGUGCCGUGAGGUUGCAGCGGGAGGACGUGGUGUUCCUGUGUCUCGUCGAGAACUCCCACAGGUUGUCGGACGUCGUAAACGUGUGGUCGCAAUCGGACGAACUGCCGCUCGAUUUAGCGCUGAGAGGAAAAAACGACAGCAUAGCUUCCACGCUAGUCCAGCACAACGCCGACGUCAAUUUGAGGGACAGCAGGGGCGACCCUUUGCUCCACAGGGCACUGAAAAGGGACGACUCGUUCGCCGCGCUGUUCCUGCUGGACAACAACUGCGACGCCACUUUGUCUACGAGGAGCGAAAACGAGAGCGCGCUCCAUCUGGUGGCCUGCGCGCCAAAUUUGAGCGAUUCCGCGAAAAUCGCAGAGAAGCUCAUCAACAAAAACGUCAACGUAAACGCUCAGAACAAACUGGGCUACACCGCCCUCCAUAUCGCCGUCCAAGCCGAUAACAGGACGAUAUUCGACGUACUCCUUCGACAGGACCAGUUAAACGUAAACGUCAAAACGAACGACGAGUACACGCCCCUGUAUUACGCCCUGCUGAAGUGGGAGGCGGGCGAGCACGCCUACGCGGAGGCAUUGCUCGAAUGCGGCGCCCAAUCGGAUCCCACCUGCUCCGCAACGCGUGCCGACUUGGUGCAGUUGCUCAUAGGGGGCGGGGCCAAGCGGGCUGCUGCGUUUCUCGCCAGUCGCGUCAAGAAUUUGAACCACGUCAACUCGGAAGGCGAGACCGCCCUCCAUCUCGCCUGCGAGCGGGAUUAUUGGGAGUUGGUGGACGUGCUGGUUAAACUGGGUGCGAAUCCGAAUCUCCUUACCAACGAAUUGAGGCAGACUGCCCUGCAUUACGCCGUCAAACACAACGCCGUUCGGUCCAUUGAGGCUCUAAUCAGACAUAACGAGGGCAUAGGGUUCGACGACGCCGAAGGAGAAACCAGGUUGGCAGUCAAUUUCAACCUGAGGGACAUUAACGGGGACACACCUAUAUGCCUGGCAUUGAACUCGGGCAACAAAAACCUCGUUCCAUUGCUUAUCGAAGGCAAGGCCGACGUCAACGUGCGUAACGGCAAAGAUUUCAGUCUGCUGCAUCAAGCUAUCAUCAAGGAGGACGCCGAGACGGCCGUGUUCCUUUUGGAACACGGCGUGGACAUCAACGCCAAGACUGCUGACUACGAGACGCCCCUGCAGUUGGCUAUUCAUUGUAGGUUACCGGAAGUUGUCGACGCGCUUUGCACCAAGGGGGUGGACAUGUCGGCCCCAGAUAGAUUGGGCAGCUGCGCUCUGUGGUCCGCCCUGGAUUCCGGCCAAGAAGACGUGGCGAAUAUCCUGGUCAGGCACGGAGCCGACACCGACUGUUGGGGCCCCGGGCCGGACGGCUGCGUGCAGACCCUGCUGCACCGGGCUAUCGACGAGAACAAGGAAUCUGCCGCCAUUUUCCUGAUCCGGGCUGGAUGCGACCUGGACUCACCCAGGAUGCCCGGCUCGAACGGCGAGGGGGGCGAGGAAGCGCGCGACGGCCAAUCCCCACUACACCUGUGCUGCCAGUGGGGAUUGGAAACGGUGGCAAGGACGCUCAUAGAGCACAGGGCGAAUAUCAACGCCAGAGACGCCGACUCGAAGACGCCAUUGCACGUGGCCGUGGAGAAUCAGCACGAGGAGAUCAUCUCGCUGCUGCUGAGCGUACCCGAGAUUGACCUGAGUCUUAGGGACAAGAACGGGUUUUCACCGUUCGCGGCCGCCCUCACCUCCAGGAACAACAGGGCGGCCCAGGCGAUCCUCGACCGCUUCCCCAGCGCGGCCGAACAGUUCGACGCGAAGGGUCAGAACUUUUUGCACGUGGCGAUCAAAAAGGGCGACAUCGAGAGUACCCUCUUCCUCCUCACCGUUCACGUAGACGUCAAUUCGAGGGUGCAGGAUUCGAUGCGUACGCCCCCUAUACACCUGGCCGCUCGUUUCGGCAACGAGACGUUGGUGAGGAGUCUGAUCCUGGCGGGCGCGAGAGUCGACGAUACAGAUGCGCAGAAGAGGACCGCCCUCCAUUGCGCGUCUGAGGCGGGCAACGCCGCCGCCGUGUCCGCGUUAUUGCAGAACCACGCGGACUGCGACGCGGUCGACGCCGCCAAAGACAACGCCCUCCACAUAGCAGUCAGGGAGGGCCACUUGAGCGUAGUAAGGGCCCUGCUGACGGAGUCGAACAUAAACGCGGAGGCGGUCAAUUUUAAGGGUCGCAAUCCGCUCCACGAGCUCUGCAAAUACGGUAAGGACAACGCGGCCGCGAUAUGCGAGCUUUUCCUCGAAUGUAUGCCAAACUAUCCGAUCAACGAGCAAGACGUUAACGGCAACUCGCCGCUGCUUUUAGCGUACAUGAAGGGAAACGGUAACUUGUGCAGGGUACUGGUGAAGGCGAACACGUGCCUGGCCACGGAAAACUGCGAUCGAAUCACCAUUUUCAAUUAUCAAGUGCCUAGCAAGCAGCUGCUCACACGCCUACUCGAUCAGCUUUCGCAGCCGGCGACGUGGACGACCACGGACUGUUGCCAAGAGUGCGGCAAGAAUUUCUCGAUAACCGUGCGUACCCAUCAUUGUCGGCACUGUGGCAGGGCUCUAUGCAGUAAAUGCAGCGACUCCGAGGUGCCCAUAAUUAAAUUCGGCGAGAACAAACCGGUGAGAGUAUGUAAGGUUUGUUUCGAGGUGCUCAAGGUGGGCGCUAGUUAGGGCAAUUGAAUAAUAUUUGUAAGACCAGUGCUAUUAAUUAAGGGAAAGACUUGUUGCACUAAAAGCAAACAAAAAUAGUAAGAUUUGUUAUUUUGUCGCGACUAUUUUUGUCGUUUUGGUUAAUGUCAUUUUGUGAUACGUACUAUACCUUGAAGCAGAUUUUCUCCCUGACAUAGCGUAUUAAGCAUUCCUACAUUAGUUUUAAGCAUUUUAUAAAUAAUAUGUUACUUUUAUUGGAAAAUAUAUUUUUCGUUGCACGUUUAUGUAGUCGGUGCCAUUUUGUGGGGUUUAUAUAAAAAAUUGGUAAGUUUACGUAAUAAAGACUGUGUCAUAUAUAUUCAUACAUGAACAUUUUUUCAUGUCCAGACCUAUCCAAAAGCGCGAAAUUUUACUGCCGUGGUUCCACUGAUUCUGGUAAACUCUGCUAUUAGAAAUGUUAAUAAGACGUAAAAGAAU